AUGGCUCGCUUUCUCGGUCUCAGAGGCUCGAAGCUGAGCAUGGCCACAAUCAUAUUGAUUGUUGGUCCGGCAUAUUUUACAUUUGGUUAUAAUUUGGCCGUUGCCGGUGGCCUUCUCACUUUGGAGUCGUUUGUCAAGCAGUUCCCUCAAAUGGACACCAUUAAUACUACUGGAGCUCAGAAUAAACUAAACUCCAACAUUCAAGGCGCCGUAUCUGCUCUAUUUACCGUUGGUGGUUUCCUGGGUGCCCUAUCCACCAUUCCCCUAGGAGAUUUACUCGGCCGUCGUCGCAUUAUCUUUUUUGGUUCAGCAUUAGUUGUCAUCGGCGCUGUUUUGAUGUCAUCCUCGUACUCUCUGGCACAAUUAAUUGUAGCGAGAUUGGUACAAGGUUGCGGCACUGGUGCCAUCACUGCCACUGUUCCUGUAUGGCAAUCUGAACUUUCAGGAUCAGCCCACAGAGGAUCUCACGUUGUCACAGAGGGGCUUUUCAUUGCCGCGGGUAUUGCUGCCUCUCAGUGGAUUGACCUUGGCUUCUUUUUUAUUGGUUCAUCUUCUGUAUCAUGGAGAGUGCCUCUUAUCAUCCAAGUCCCCUUGCCAAUUUUGGUCAUGAUCUUUGUCUUCUAUAUGCCAGAGUCCCCCCGAUGGCUUUUGCUGAAGAACCAUCUCAAAGAGGCACGUGAGAUUCUGUGUAUCCUUAGAGAUGAGGAUGAAAAUUCGUCGGCCAUUCAGAGAGAAAUUGCAGAGGUUGAAACGUCACUUGAAAUGAUUGGGAGUGUCUCGCGAUGGGACGUGUUUAAGAUGGGUGAAAAGAGGAACUUUCAUCGUCUCAUGCUAGGAAUCGGAGGGCAAUCGUUCUCGCAACUUUGCGGUGUCAACUCGAUUACCUUUUAUGCAACAAUUAUCUUUCAGCAACGCUUGAAGCUGGAUGCUAUUAAAGCAAGACUACUUGGUGGCGGUAUGACGACCAUUCAGAUUGUUGGAGCCCUUGCGGCUGUCCUGACCAUUGACCGCCUCGGCCGUCGGCCCUUGAUGCUUAUGAGCUCUGCCGGCAUGUGCAUUACAAUGGUCAUCAUCACAGGAACUACUUCAACCACCAAUAACCAAGCGGCACUGAUCGUAGCCGUUGUCUGCUUCUUCAUCUAUAACAUGUCCUACACGUUCGGAUUCUUGGGCUUGACUUUUCUUUACUCGACUGAGGUGGCCCCUCCUCAUCUACGUGCCAAGAUUAGCGGUUUCUCUAACUGCAUGACAUGGCUGAUGAACUUUGUCGUUGUUGAAGUUACGCCUACUGGUUUCGACAAUAUUCAGUACCGCUACUACAUAAUAUGGGCAGUCAUUAACUUCUUCAUAUUCACAACUGUGUUUUUCCUGUAUCCGGAAACAAAUGGCCGAACAUUAGAAGAGAUGGAUGAGAUUUUUAUGUUGUCAAACAAUAUUUUUGAUAGCCGCAAGCUUGCCAUGAGCCUCUCCAAGAGAGAAUCCGACCACGAGUCAAUAGCCGAAAAGGUCACCGCUCAGCAAGUCGAUCAAUUAAAGUAG